AUGAAGAAGAUGAAAGUGGUGCCUUAUGUUAUGCUCAUCUCUCUUCUUCUGCUUUCUCAUGUUCUUGCAAAUGUAUCUUCGUCCAGCAACGGUGAAAGCUCCUCUGUUUCUCAGAUUCAGACGAACGAGGAGAACCAAGUGGAGGCGUUUAAGAGAACAUACCAUCGUCCACCAUUCAAUUGUGGGUAUGCCUGCGCUAAGAGAUGCAGAGAGACGUCGAGGAAGAAAGUUUGUUACAGAGCAUGUGGAAGUUGCUGUGCCAAGUGUCAGUGUGUGCCGCCUGGAACUUCCGGCAACACAGCAUCAUGUCCUUGUUAUGCCAAUCUCCGUACACAUGGCAAUAAGCUCAAGUGUCCUUGA